UAAUCAUUGAUAAUAUUAUAAUAAUUUAAAAGUAAGGUUAGAUUUAAACAACAAAGUUGUUUAUAUUUGGGAAAUUUAAAAACAAAAAUGAGUUCUGCAAGUAAGGUAGGCGAAAUUUUUACAGCAGCUGGUGCAGCGUUUAAUAAACUUGGGGACCUGACAAUGCAACUUCAUCCAAACGCGGAGUCCCCUGCAGGGAAGUGGACAGAUGAAGAAAUUGAGAUGUUGAGAACUGUAGUUAAAACAUUUGCUGAUGGCUUAAAUGAAAUUAGUGAACACAUUAAGUUACGCACUGUAUCCCAAAUCAGAACAGCACUGAAAAAGAAGGCAUUUGAAGAUGCAGGGUUGCCUGUCCGACAAAUAAAUACCGUUUCAACAAAUCAACCCACACAAACCACCAUUCAGCAGUCACAACAGCUUUUAAAGCAAGAAGUCACGUUAAAUAUGUUAAAUGCUGCUGAAUCAGAAGUUGAUGUUGAAGGACUUCAUGAAGAAGUCAAACUGGAGUUUGAUUCAGCAAAUGAGGAAGUGGCAGCAUAGCUUAUGUUGUAAUUAAUAUUAUUAUGUACACAAUUAAUUAUUUGUAAUUUAUUUUAGUUAUAAUUUUUAAUAUCUUCCUUAAAAUUUUCACUAUAAAUUAGUUUUUUACAAUUUUCACUAGGCUUGUAAAAUAGUUAAGACAUUUUAAAUGUUGUAAUAU